UUGUGUGUGUGUGUUUUGCUUCUCUGUUCUAUAUACUAUUGGCUGCAGGGAUGGGAGUCUCAAAACGUACCACUCCCUGCAAUUUAUUUUGUUUCCUUUUUAGCUCUAUACUUUUCAUUCUACACCAUAACACCGACAACUUCUUCAGCCUCCCUGCAAGAUCGAUUCAUCAACUGUCUCCAAAGAAACACAAAUGUUGAUUUCCCAUUCUUUGCUCCUGCGAAAAACGUCUCUAUGUUCAACGAAGUCCUCGAGUCAACGGCUCAGAAUCUACGAUUCUUGACAGAAUCCAUGCCUAAACCAGGAUUCAUAUUCACACCUACUCAUGAGUCUCAUGUCCAAGCUUCCAUCAUAUGUUCCAAGAAACUUGAAAUCCAUCUCCGUGUCAGAAGCGGUGGUCACGACUACGAAGGCUUGUCUUUUGUCUCACAAAUCGGAAAACCGUUUAUAUUGAUGGAUCUGUCAAAGAUGAGAGAGGUCAACAUUAACAUCAAAGACAACAGUGCAUGGGUUCAGGCUGGUGCUACAGUUGGUGAACUUUAUUACAGGAUUGCAGAGAAGAGCAAAGUCCAUGGGUACCUGGCGGGUUUAUGCUCGAGCUUAGGCAUAGGAGGGCACAUAACAGGUGGUGCAUACGGAUCAAUGAUGAGGAAAUAUGGUCUUGGUGGAGAUAAUGUGCUAGACGCAAAGAUCGUUGAUGCCAAGAUGGGUGAGGAUAUGUUUUGGGCGAUUAGAGGAGGCGGUGGAGCGAGGAGGCGAUUAGAGGAUAUGUUUUGGGAUUAGAGGAGGCGGUGGAAGAUCAAACUUGUUCCUGUUCCUAAAACUGUAACCGUCUUCACCGUCACCAAAACGUUAGAACAAGACGUUGGCAACAAGAUUCUUUCCAAGUGGCAAGUGGUCGCAGCGGACAAGCUUGUUGAAGAGCUAUUCAUCAGAGUGGUCAUUAACGUAGGGAAACAAACUGUGACAACAUCGUACAACGCCCUGUUUCUUGAAGGCAAAGACGCGUUGAUGAAAGUUAUGAAGAACGGGUUUCCAGAGCUAGGGCUAACACUUAAAAAUUGUAUCGAAAUGAGCUGGUGAAAUCUUGAAUCCAUAGUUUACAUUUCUGGUUUCCCGAGCGACAUUCCUACUAAUGUUUUGCUUCGAGGGAAGUCUCCUUUCCUAAAGAUCAGCUUCAAAGCCAAAUCAGAUUUCGUGAAAACCCCAAUUCCUGGAUCAGGGCUCAAAGGUAUCUUCAAGAAGUUUCUCAAAGAAGAUAAUCCAUUGAUGACAUGGAACUAAACAAGUUACGGAGGAAUGAUGGCGAAGAUCCCUGAAUCCGAGAUCCCUUUCCCGCAUAGAAAAGGAGUCAUCUUCAAGAUUCAGUAUCUAACCGCUUGGCCAGAGAGCGACAAGAGACCGAGCAAACACAUCAACUGGAUCAGAGAUCUUUACAGUUACAUGAAACCUUAUGUCUCAAGUAAUCCACGGCAAGCUUACGUGAACCACCGUGAUCUAGACCUAGGAAAGAACACGAAAAACGCGAGAUCGAGCUUUAAACAAGCUCAAGUCUGGGGAGGUAAGUACUUCAAAGAAAAUUUCAAUAGAUUGGUGAGGAUUAAAACAAAGGUUUAUCCAGAUAACUUCUUCAGACACGAGCAAAGCAUCCCACUUAUGCUCUAACGACAUCAAUCAAAUAAUAGUAAAGAAUUCAUAUAAUGAUCAUUCUAGUGUAUUUCACAAACUGUUGGAGCUAAUCAUAUAAAGAUAUGCGUGUAGUACUUUGUUUCACCUAAAAAUUCGAAUUGAUGUUUCUUGAUACCCAAUUCAUCAAUCAACCCUAGAAUCGUAUUCAAAAGGUUUGUUCUUGAUUAGAAUCGGUAGUUUUUGUAUACCUGCAGUGCGAUUCCGACAUGGUAAGAGUCCUUCUUAGUAAAUUAUCCAAUAAUCACAGAGAGACGAUUUGAAAGUGGCAGAAGAGGAAGAAAGAAAGGUGCGAGAGAGCAAUCCGCCAUUGUCGUUGGAUUUGGAUUUCACCGUCGAAGCUUCUUCACAUGUAUUCAAUGGAUUUGGAGAAACAGAGGAUAG